AUGCGGUUGAAUGACAAUGUGGAUAUCAUCUCAGAAGAUCUCGUCUCAAACCCAGAUUCGAGUGCUGAUUUGAGCUCUGGACUGCAGCUUGUUGUGCUCGACAUUUUGAUUCGAGAAACUGGCUCUUCCCAAAUGGGCGAACGCGAGCAGGCAAGGCCACUAGCCCCGGCUGCGGACAGCCAGAGCAGCGACAAAGAAGGAGCUUCUCGACACCAUAAGAAACGAAGUAGAAAAUGCUGUGUAUUCAUCGCGGCCAUAUUUGUUAUACUAGUCAUAGCGAUCGUAGUUAUGCGUUUCACUGCCUUUCGUGUCAAGGACCCGAUCUUCAAAAUGAACGGUGUUGCGGUCACUCAGCUAGAGCUAACCAGUGGCACAAUUCCUAAGCCAGGUUUGAACAUGUCCCUAAUUGCGGAAUAUGUACCGAUGGUUGGUGAGGCUAGAAACGGACCGGACCAUGCGAGGGCCCGAUGGACCAUGAGACUGAAUGUCACCGUGGACAUCAUCCCAGACAGGAUCAUUUGA